AGGCGGUCGCGCGAGCCUCCAAGACGCCGGGAGCCGCGGUGCAGCAGACCGUGAGACUCGUUGUCAUCAGCGACACCCACGGUUUCGAGGAGCAGCUGGAGCCAGAGGACAUUCCGGAGGGGGACCUGCUUGUGCACUGCGGAGACUACACGCUCGAGUCCAGCUGCACGGGGAAGCUCCUGGGGCUGAGCCGCCUGGACUCGUGGCUGGCCGACAUCACGAGGAGGCGGUUCCACGGGCGGCCUCCCGUCGUCGUCCGCGGCAACCACGACGCAGCUGAGGCGGAUUUCAAGAGGAGCAAAGCCAUUUUCUGCGGUAUGGGCGAGACGUGCGUGCACGCAUUCGACGG